CAAGUUCUUGAUUUCCAGCGGGCCGAGCCUGAAGGUCUGAUCUCAGACCAAUCAGUAGGAUUUUUUUACUUUUAGGUGCGUCUGAGGGCUACAUAAGUUCUACCGUCCAGUCCUUUGCUUUGCAUCAACGCCUCGUCUUCACUCUUACAAGUCUUCUACUAUAAUCACAUCCUCAUGUCUCAACCAAUCGUAGCGCCCAGGGCACGAUGCACUCAUGUUACUGAUGGGGCUGUGACCUGUUACUAUCCGCGGUUUAAUCCUCCUUCGUCGCCAUCCCAGGAUCAGAUCAGCUGUGUUGACUGUGGACAUGGUGUCCAUGCACAUGUCGACUACGAGUCAAAGGUGGUCUACCAUAACCCCACCACUCAUUGUGCGGCAUUUGCUCAAAAGGCAUAUAAAUCACAUGCAUGUACUUGCACCGUACAACUUUUUGACCAUGAGGCCAUCGUGAACGCGUAUCAUUCGAUCUCAGUGCCUCACAGCCCGGUUCCCCCCACGAACAGUCUCGAUAGCAUCACUCCUUCUAAUGCCAACGUAGCCAGACUCUCCUCCGGCACCGCCACUUUUGCUAUUGCCUCGACCUCCAUCCCUUCCGUCAAUCCCAACUCUUACACUCCCGGAGACAUCAAUUCCACGCUCCUUGCCCCCAUUCCUGUCAUAUUUCAGUCUAACAGUGUCCUCCAUUUCUCCCAGAAUGAUGCUUAUGCUUUCAUCUCUGACCAGCAGUCAGACGGCGCGUCCCUGGUGACUGGCUCCCCCAUCCACCACGCGCCCAUGGGUUAUUAUGAUUACCAAGGUCAUUCGUUUGGAAUGGAUGGUGCACCAUCCGCAGGCGCAUAAGCCUUAUACCUCUUUGAUAGUCCACCGAGACCACGAUUCACAAAAACAACGAUAGCGAUGAUCAUUCCCCAUGGCAGAAUCCACUUGUUUUCUUUUAUUUCAUCGACAUUGCUCCUUACUGUUUUCCUGCCGGUGUCUACCUUGUAUUCAAAUAAGAUAUUCUCUUUUCUUUUCUUUGUGCUUUGAUAUCUGUACGUCUGUCGCUUUGAAAUGCUGUUGUAUGUAACAAUCUAUUGUCGUGUCGGAACUGAAUAUCAUCAUUGUGACUCUACGAGAAAGCUGU